CCGGUGAGAGGGGGCCCCUCGGCCCACGAUGCGGGGAGGUCCAGGCCAGGCCGAGCCAGGAUGCCCAUCACCCAGGAGAACGCCCUGAGCCACCUCCCUGUGCUGGAGCUCUGGCUGGGCAAGCAGGAGCACCUCAGCUCCGCUCCCCGGUGCCGGGCGGCCAUCCGCAAGCUGGUGGAGUACAUCCAGCUCAACUUUUCUGACGGGGAGGGCGUCCCGCCUGCCGCUCCGGCCCGCGAUGGCACGGACAGCGAGGUGCUGGCGGUUUGCCUGGACAAAGCGGAGGGGGACAGGCAGGAGUUCGGCCUCAGCUUUGGGAACAUCCCCAUCUUCGGGGAUCCUGAGGGCAGGAAGAAAGGGCGGCGCAGGCGGCGGAAGGGCGAUAAGGGCCCCGUGCUGGACGUGGGCUGCCUCUGGGUGACGGAGGUGAAGAAGACCAGCCCCGCAGCCCGCUGUGGGCAGAUCAAGCUGAGGGAUGAGGUGCUGUCACUCAACGGUCAGCUGAUGGUGGGCGUGGACGUUUCUGGAGCUAGUUACCUGGCGGACCAGUGCUGGAAUGGUGGGAGCAUCUACCUGAUCAUGCUGCGGAGGAUCAAACGCAAGGCCCCCCUCCCUCCCUGCAAUGGCGGCACUGGGUGUGGUGGAGGGAGUGGAGGCGGGGCCAGCACCAGUGAGCAGCGCAGCCCCGCCCCCUCUGAGGCCAAGGCCAAACUGACACAGGGCAGCAAGCGCACCCGAAAGUUUGGGGUCAUCUCCCGUUCCUCCGGCGCCAAUGACAGCAAGGAAGAUCCACCGCAGGAGAACGGACUCUGCUCAUCCAUGGAUGCAGAGACCUCGCCCCCUCAGUCCAACUCCCCACCAGUCACGCAAGCCGAGCUGCCCCAGGUGCAUAACGGGGGGUCCCCUGUAGCCUCACCUGCUCUCCCUUCUAUCCGCCUCUCUGAGAGCUACAAGACUGAGUCUCUGAACACUGAGCUGUGCUGGCAGCCCAGGGAUGGCAGUCGGAUUUGGAAGAUGCACAUGCUGAAGGGACAGGAUGGCCUGGGCAUCCAGAUCACUGGAGGCCGGGGUUCCAAGCGCUCCCCCCAUGGAAUCAUAGUGGCCCACGUGGAGGAGGGGGGUGCCACCCAGAGGGACGGCAGGCUGAAGGCCGGCGACGAGCUGCUCAUGAUCAACGGCCAAUCCCUGGUGGGCCUCUCGCACCAGGAAGCUGUGGGCGUCCUGCGCUCCUUCACCGGGCUGGUCCAGCUCGUCAUCGCCAGCAGAGAGGAGUCCAAUGUUGAUUUUCAGAAAUACCCCUCCACCAGCCUGCCGGACCUGGUGAGCACUUGCUCGUCCCAGGAUGCAUCUCCAGCUCUAACGGACAACAAGGAGAACGAGGAGCCUGGUGAUGACGAUGUGGCAGCCAGCAGCCUCCCUCUGCCAAGACAGGACUCGAUCAAAGAGCUGGAUAAACUCGGGGAGCGAGGGCGCAUAGAGGGACCCAAGGGAUGUUGUCGCAGCCCGACACCCAUGAAAUUCCGCAGUCGUUCUCAAGGAGGCAGCCGUUUGGAGUCAGUGGGAGAGGAUGACGAGCUGAUUGUAGAGAACGGGGACUCUGGGUCUGAUAUUGCAGAGAAGACAAUGCGAGGCGGCCGCAAACACUCCUUGCCUCAACAACUGGACACGGUCAGCGUCCGACAGGAAUAUCAAAUCGUGAAGAAAUCGGCACGUUCUCUGAGCACUGUUCAAGUGGAGUCUCCAUGGCGACUCGCCCAGCCAUCCAUUAUCUCCAAUAUUGUACUGAUGAAAGGACAGGGCAAGGGCCUGGGAUUCAGCAUCGUAGGGGGACAGGACUCUGCUCGUGGGCGGAUGGGCAUUUUUGUGAAAACUAUUUUCCCCAGCGGAGCGGCAGCUGCAGACGGGAGGCUGAAGGAGGGUGAUGAGCUCCUGGAGGUGAAUGGAGAAUCCCUGCAGGGCCUCACUCACCAGCAGGCAAUAAAGACCUUCAAGCAGCUGAAGAAGGGUGUGGUCACGCUGACCGUGCGCACGCGUUUGCGGAGCCCCAGCCUAACGCCCUGCCCCACCCCCACCCUGCUUAGCCGCUCUAGCACGCCCAACUCGAACACCAGCGGGGGGACACCUAUCCCCCAGGGCUCUGAGGACGUGGACGUGGCCUGCCGAAAAGGGCCGGGGCCCAAGGACUGCAUUAUCAUGGAGGUCACGCUCAACAAAGAGCCAGGAGUAGGCCUGGGCAUCGGGGCCUGCUGCCUCACUUUGGAGAACACUGCCCCGGGCAUCUACAUCCACAGCCUGGCCCCGGGCUCCGUCGCCAAAAUGGACGGCAGACUCAGUCGAGGGGACCAGAUUCUGGAGGUAGACUCUGUGAGUCUGCGUCACGCAGCUCUGAGUGAGGCCUACGCCAUCCUGACGGAGUGUGGGCCUGGUCCAGUCAGCCUCAUCAUCAGCCGACACCCCAACCCAAAGGUUUCUGAGCAGGAGAUGGAUGAAGCCAUCACGCGCACCACGCACAGAGAGAGCCUGAGUAAGGACUGCCAGUCGUCCCACGUGUUGGCCUUACCCUCUAAGACCCCGUCACCAGUCAUCAGAGCCAGGCUGAGCGAUGGGACCUCCUCUCUCAGCUGGACCAUGAGGAGAUUCCUGGAGCCAGCCAGCAGGCAGGGAUCUCUGAGCUCUGAGACAGAGCUCUCACAGUACUUCUCUCAAGACGUCCCCAGCCAGACCUCUCUCUCUGAGACCAUGGUGACAAGCUCCAGCAUAGACAGCCUGAACCAUCUCAAGAGCUGUACUGCCUCAGUCGAUGGUCCUGGAGCUCUGACUCACAGUGCAGCCCCCGAGAAGGACCCCGCCGGUGGCCACGCCUCAAUGCCCAGCACCCCGAUGCCCAGCGCCCCGCAGGCAGACCCGGCCCCCAGGGGCAGUGCGGGGGGCAGCCCCGGCUCCGUCCGCAGUCCCCUGCUCCGCCAGCGCCGGGUCAUCUGCUCCGAGGAGGAGGGGAGCGACGCGGACGAGGACGCGCGUCAGGACAGGUGCAGCGACAACGGGGCCGGCGCGCUGCCCCAGCCCCUCGCCCCGGGGGCCGAGUCUCCCUUCAUGCCCAUCCGCAGCCCGGAGCACGAGGACGGAGCGGCCGCUAACCUGGGGGUGAAGAAGGACUCCCACCGCGAGGCCGAGUCCAAACGCUCCCCUAAACUGGAGCACAAGGCCGUGACGCGGGUGAAGAGCAUGAUGAGCAUCGAGUGCCCCAGCCAGCCGCACCGCCCGAAGGGGGAGGAACCCCCGCAGCCUGGCCCGGGUGGGGCGCGCCCCGCGGCCCGCCCGCAGACCCACGGCAAGAGGGCGGAGGCCGGCGAGCUGGCCGGGGCGAGCGCCGUGGAGACGGUGCUCUUACAGAGGAGCCACUCGGAGUCUUUUGGCCUGGACCUGGAGAUAAAUUCUUCCCCUCUCAAAGUGCUCAUCACUGGCUUACGACCCGGAGGGGCGGCAGAUAGAGAAUCCAAGGGCAAGUUGUGUGUCGGGGAUGAAGUUGUGGCCAUAGGAGACUGUCUGGUUUAUGCUUCUUCAUAUCAGGAGAUCUGUGAUCUGAUGCACAACCUUCCAGUCACCCUUACCUUAGAGGUUAAAAAGCCAGUAUCAGCUGUAGACCGACUGUCUUGUCUCAUCCUGUCAUCAGACAGUGAAGAUAAUUUACAGACAGAUUACUCCACAUCUGCUUUGGAUAGGAGCAGUGAAGAUCUGGAGACGAGGUCUGCACAAUUUGAAGGUCCCACUUUUAAUUCGGAGGCAUUGGUGGACAAAUCAAAACAGUCUGUUAAAACAAACAAUGAGAGCGACUUGCCAAUCACCAAUAUUGAUGAUUUCAUAAAAGAGCUAAGUUCCCCUGAUGAAGCUAUAAACAGUUGUGUGACCACAGCUGCUAGUCAGGAUUUGCACGGAAAUAGAAAUGGAAAUUCCUCUUGUGAAGUGGACAGCGUUCUCCUGAGUGAAAACCAAUAUGAAUCUACUGAAUCUCAACCACAGCAAAGCCUGGAUUUCUCCGUUUUGAACACAGGAAAUAAAAGCCAACUAGUCCCUGUCAGUAAAACGUUUCUUAACAGUUACUCCAGGAACUUCAGUACUCUGAGUGCGGAGGAGACUCCAUAUUCAAACGGGGGAACUGUGGGGAAGCCUGGUGGCCCGUCGGAGUGCAUGUACCGUAUGGCAGAUGACAGUGAGUCAGACAGUGACUCUGCUGCUGACCAGGUGUGCGGAGCGCAGUGCCCUGAUCUGCCUCAGAGUAGCGUGCCUGACUCUGAUGACGAGCGGGUAGAGAUUUGUUACGGUGAACACAGCCGCAGCCUAGCGGAGGACUCCAAGGUCACAGAGAGGUCAUCUGCUUCAGCAUCCGAACAAGGGAAAGAAUCCCACUCAUUUGAUGCAUGUCGGGAAAAGCCCCCCAUUUCUCUACAGAAAUCAUUAUGUUCAAACACAACUUCCCCUUCUCAUAGAAAUGCAGAGUGUAAUGCAAGUGAAUGCCUGCAGCAUCAGCCAGCCGCAGCCUGUGCCAAGAAAGACAGCACCGCUGCCACCAAUGAGUCACAUUCUGUUAUGAAGCCAAUGUGUUUACAACAGGGCGUGGCACCCAUCAAAGUGCAGCAUGCCCCAGUAAGGAAAAGUGAGCCCAGUGUCACACAAACUAGCAGUCUCGCUAUGUCAAGAACUCAGAAUGGGACAGGGAAGUCACCAACUUCAAAUAAAUCGCCUAAUCCACUGUCAUUGUCUAAUUCAGGUUCAGUAGAGGCAAACGGCUCCCUUAAUCCUGGCAAGCACGGUGGGAGAGGAUUGACAGCAGAAGUAGCCAAAGACAGGGAGAGGGACAGGGCUCAGACCUCUCUUGAGCCCAGGACUGCCGUGUCUCAAACACUGAGUAAUUCCACCGGCCACUUCCCAAAGGCCCUGGGGAUGAAAUCUCAGAAUGACAGCUUCAGUUCAUCUCAGUCAAGCAGCAGGCUCAAACUCCAGGACAAAACAUCUCGAAUGAGUUCGGCCCCCAAGCUUAAGGGCCUCAGCAUCAAAAGCAGAAGUAAGGACCAGCACAUUGUGAAACCAUCAGGGGCCGAACGUCCAUCUCAGCGAAAGGCCUCACCUUCCCCUUUGCAAUCUCCCAAACUCCAAUCCAAGAGGGCGCCAACAGCAUGCAGCAUAAAAUCAAGCAAACCGCCCGAGAAAAGCAACCCUAUUUCGCCAAAAAUCAGCGGCCACAGACAGGAUAGAAAUGGUCCCUCGUCAGCAGGAUCAGCAGAUCCUCAGGUGAAUGACUUGCACUCCAGGCCACUUACAGAUAAGAACAGAAACUCUGCAGUUGAUGAGCUUAAGAACUCAGUCUCAGCCCAUGAGGACCGGGGGUCUCAAAGGUUUUCAAAUCGCAAGGAGCUGACUGAAAGCACGACCACUCAGCGGACUUUUGUUGAGGUGCGGCUGUCUUCAUCGUCGUCCUCCUCACCUUCUUCUUUGGUGUCCACUCCCACUCUGGAGAGGAAGGGGUCUCUGGAGAAAAACAUCAACACUGUAGGUGCAGACCCCAAAGCAGGACAAACAACACCUUCAGCACAGAAGAGCAUCGGUAGAACUACCGAUUUGUCACGGUUAGCUGCCACAACACACCAAAGUCAGGAGAAGUUUCAUACCGUUGCAAAUGAUGCAACAUCAGAGAAGCCUUGUUUGGCAGGCAAACAGCAAGUCUGCACAGAUGAUGUCAUCGGACAAGCCUCCAAAAAAGAAAAGGAUGAGAAAUUCAAAGCCAGCAGAUCGAAAUCACUGCAUCUCAGAUCAGAGAGGCGAGGUUACUCCACAGAAUCCAGCCUGUCUCCAGGCCACAACCCCUUCACUGUCCAGCAGAGAAUCAAGUCUUUUGAAAACCUGUCUGGUCCCGACAGGCCUGCUAUGGCCUGCAUUGAUGUGCAGUCUUACGCUCUCCCAAGCAAACCACCUCUGGACAGGAGGUCAUCUGGAAGCCCCCAGCCCACUGAGUGCCCUUCCGUGAGGAGUUCAAAGGGUCCUGAAGUUCCCUCAGAGCCUAUUCAUCUCCCUUCUACUGUGACUUUCUCAAACCUUGAUGUGCCAAAUCAGGACAGCAGCAGUGAGGUCACGGGUGGUCCCCCCGGGCUGGAGCUGGACAGCCCACUCCAGACCCACGCCGUGCGUACCAGGAGCCCCCGGACCCCCUCUGGCCUGGCCCGCUCCAAGCUGAGAGAGCUGAGGGCACUGAGCAUGCCUGAACUCGACAAACUUUGCACUGACAAUUUUGCCGGCAAUGCAGGCGACGGUCGAUCCAGGAGGGAAGCCUACAGCGGAACUGAUUGCAGGAUGUCCAACGCCAACGGGACACAAUCUGCAGAUGCCAGCUGGUCAAUCAGUUUGGGUGAGCUGUCCAUCUCCCCCCUCCAUCAGAAUAAGUUGCAGAGCAUUCUUUCCUCCUUGACGGGAAAUGCAGAUGUGCUGGGCUUGAUUCAGGAAGUCAAAGCUGUUGCCAAGACCACCCAAGUGUCAGAAGAUAUUUACUUUGUGGUUCUAACUAAAGAGGAAGGUUCUGGCCUUGGAUUCAGUAUUGCUGGAGGAGUUGACUUGGAGCAGAAAUCCAUCACGGUCCACAGGGUAUUCUCCAGGGGGGUUGCUUGUGUGGAAGGUACCAUUCAGCGGGGAGAUGGCAUCAUCUCUCUCAAUGGCACUGUGCUUGGAGGGACAACACACGCCGAAGCCCUGUCCUGUCUCCACCAGGCCCGGCUGCACAAGCAAGCCCUGGCCAUCAUCAGAAAGGGCAAGGACAGCGAACUGUCCUCACCCAGGCAGGAAGUCUCCUUUGGAACAGGAAGACAGAUUCAGUGUCCCAGAGACAUUGUUGUGGAAACGGGAACAGCGGUGGAGGUGGGAGCAGACGGUGUCCUCAGUGUGGAGCUUCACAAGACUUCUGCAGGCCUGGGCUUCAGUCUUGAGGGGGGGAAAGCCUCUGCCCAUGGAGACAGACCCCUCAACAUCAAGCGCAUAUUCAGAGGGGGCGCUGCAGAGCUUUCCAGAGUCAUUGACGUUGGCGAUGAGGUGCUUGCCAUUAACGGGAGGUCUCUGCAGGGGCUCAUGCACUAUGAUGCAUGGAACAUUAUCAAGGCAGUGUCAGAGGGCCCAGUGCAGCUUGUGAUAAGGAAACCCAGAACAUCUGUAUGACAGCAGGGUCCCUCUCUUGCCUUUGUAUUUGCAAUAUAACUGGACUUUUGCCAAAAACAAAUAGGCCUGCAUUUUUCUAUAUUAAGAAAAUGUUUCUUACAUUUAUUUUCCUAUAUUACUGUAUAUUGUGCUCUGGGGGUGUAAGGAAGAGCUAGAACUAUUGCAUUCAAUGCAAGGAUGGUUAUGUGUUAAGCUCUGAUAAGGGGGUGUCUGUCACUUGAAGUAGCAUGUAUUACUUUGGCCAAAUUUUAAAUACUAAUAUUUUUUUUUUACCUCUUACCCCCCUGUUUUUAUAAAUUGGACAAUGGAGCGUAAUAAUGUAGAGUGCAUAUGACUGAAUAAAUUGUGUCCUUAUGAGACAUACUGUGGAGAGUGUUUGGCAUGAGUGUCAGUUGUAUGUUCCCUCUUUAACUUUUUUGCAAUUGCCAGUGAUCUUGGUUUGAUAUAUUAAUAUAAUCCAUGAAUAUGGAUGCUCAUUAUCACCUGCAGUUGGAAGAGGACCCUGGGAAAAUGUAAAAACAGACAUUUUCAAAGUGUUGCUAUAUUUUUCAAUAGAAAGAGCGUAUUACUUAUGCCGUUUUACUAUGUCACAUAUUUUCAAUAAGCAGUAUUUUUAUUUGUGAGCCCAUGGGACAUGGUUCAAACCAAGCCUUUAUGACAUUCAGGGAAGUGCUUGGGGUUCUCAGCCUGCAACCAGAGCACUGUAGUUUUAGCCCAGACAAACUCACCCUCUUGUCUGUGCAAGAGUACACCAAAUAGGACAAUAUAGGACAAAGUAUCUCAUGUAUGCAUGACUGCGGUUGAGUAGGUAUGGGGAGCCCUGCUUUGCAACAUGAGCUAGUCAUUUCUCUGCUGCUCUUAAGCUGUAGUUGUAACUUUACUUGAACUGUUCAUGAGGGGAAGAAAACAGCUGACAUAAAAUGGUUCAGCAUGGACUAGGUUUCUCAUCCUCUUAAAGGUACUAUUAAAGUAAAUAUGCUUUUAAGAAAAUGUGAACAUUAAAUUAACUCCUGUUUUACCCACACUGCUCUAUCUUAGAAUUGUUUGUCUGUGGCUUGAGCUUGAAUCCUCCUGUAUAACACAUUGCGUGAAACCAAUCACUUUGCUUUAUGGUGCCAUAUUAAAUCCACAGAGAUUGCAGUCCCAGUGAAACAGUGUACAAUAUUUGCCAUUAUUUUUAUAAUUAUAUUGCUUUGUUUCACAUCGUGGUGUUUUGCAGUUGUAGAAAUGUUCAUAUGUAAAUAUAACUCAAAAAGAAUCAUAUGACUGUGGUGUCAAGUUUUAAGCACCACUGCUGCAGAUGGUGAUACAGAUGCUACAGAUGAAUUGCUAUUUAACAAGAAAGCUAAUGAGAUUAUAUGCUGUCAGAAAUGUAAGACUAAGAUGUUAUUUCAACAUCUUAGUCUUAUGCUUAAUAUUUCAUACUUUAUUUUCAUUGCUAUAAUUUUUUUCCCAAUAUUUAUUUUAUUUACAAUUAUGCACCAAUGAAAACAUUAAA